AUGGUCGACAUUGUCCCACUGAGCUCUUACCCCUCCUACAUCGACCUCCUCCCCUCAAUCCAAACCUGCAACAUCACCAAUCUCCCCGAGAACUACUUCUUGAAAUACUACCUCUACCACGCCCUGACAUGGCCCCAGCUGAGCUUUGUGGCGAUCGUCCGGCCGAAGGGUGGGUACAAGGCUGGAGCUAGUCGCGGUGCUGCAGGCGAUGUGUCGGGACAGUACCCUAAGGUUGUCGGGUAUGUGCUUGCGAAGAUGGAAGAGGAGCCUACGGAUGGGAUGCAGCAUGGACAUAUUACCAGUUUGAGUGUUAUGCGGACGCACCGGAGGUUGGGAAUUGCAGAGCGGUUGAUGCGCAUGAGUCAAAAAGCCAUGGCCGAGUCUCACCGCGCAAACUAUGUUUCGUUGCACGUGCGUGUUUCUAACACUGCGGCGCUUCGUCUAUACCGUGAUACUUUGGGUUUCGAGGUUGAGAAGGUCGAGGAGAAGUACUAUGCUGAUGGCGAGAAUGCUUAUGCUAUGAAAUUGAACCUGCAGAAUCAGUGGCUGGACUGGAAGGCCAUUGAGGCGCGGGAUCGGGAGAACGAGAAGAACGAUGAUGAUGUGCAGGAUGAGGGCGAGGCGGUUGGUGAGCUUGGAAAGAAGGAUGAUUCCAAAGACCAGGAGAGGAUGAUCAAGGUUAAGGUUGGACGCGGAUUGGGAGUUGGUGACUUGGUGGAGAAGAAUGAGUCGCAGCAUUCAUAA